AUGCUUUCCCUUCCGUACAUACGGCAGCUGUGCAAACAUGGCCGCCCCCGUGUGGACUCCCUGCGGUCGGAGAUACUACUUCCGGAAGCAGACCGGAAUUCCUUGUCCGUGCGCCUCCAGAAUGGUUGUCCCUCGCCGGCCACCCACGCUGGGGAAAAACCCCAUAAAUGCAGUCAAUGUAGACAGAGCUCACGUUACACCAGCACAUUCACACUGGGAAGAAACCCUGUGUGCACACCAGUUGUGGAAAAGGUUUCAUUCAGAAAGGAAAUCUCAAUUCUUCACAAGCAAACUCAUACUGGAGAGAAAUCCUAUGUGUGUGCUGACCAUGGAGAAGCAUUCCUUAGGAAAACUGACUUUACUCGCCAUCAACACACUCCCAUUUGGGAGACAUCCUUCGUGUGUGCCAAGUGUCAAGGCCUCAGCGGAGCUUCUUGA